AUGGAGGAUCACUCGUUUUUUAACAACAUGAUGCUAAAUCUUCGUUCCACCUGCAAGUAUUAUACUGGAUACCCAAAGGAUCUUGGGCCAUCAAGGGUUAUUCAUUUUACUUCAGAGCGUGAAUUUGUUCAUCUUCUGCAUCAAGGUCACCGUGUGGUUGUUGCUUUCACAAUCAAGAGUAAUUAUACAAAACAUCUUGACAAGGUAUUGGAGGAAGCUGCUGCUGAGUUUUAUCCAGAAAUUAAAUUUAUGCGAGUUGAAUGUCCAAAAUAUAUUGGAUUUUGUAUGACACGACAAAAGAAGGACUAUCCAUUUAUAGAAAUGUUUCAUAGCCCAGAACAAGCAAAUCAAACAAGGGGUGUUGAUCCAAAUGUUACAAAGUACUCAGUUAAAGUUUUACCUUACAACUAUGAUGUGAGCGCAUAUGGAUUUAGAGAGUUUUUUAAACGACACAACAUACAGUCGUCUAGUCACAAGUGACCUGGCACGCCACCUGGCUUUAUGGGUUUUUUUAUAGUAGGAUUUUAUGUUUGCUUGUAACUUCAAUUUGGUAGAAUUUAUAUUAACAUUAUCUAUUUUUCUAUUUACUAAAAUUCAAGUUUACAUGUAAUAUAUAUUAGCAAUCUCUAAAUAUUAUUAAAAGAGAAACCUUAUGACAUCAUCUAAAAUAAUCUGAACCGUUGAUUGUGUUUUUUUAUAGGUUUUACACCCUUAGAUCAAUUUGCUUACAUCACCUUGAUCAAAC